AUGCAUAUUUCCGGCAAGCUGGCUGCUUCGUAUGAAGCUUCCAAGCCCACCUUCUCUUUCGAGUUCUUCCCUCCCAAAACAGCACAAGGUGUGCAGAAUCUAUAUGAUCGUAUGGACCGUAUGCACGACCUCGGUCCAGCUUUUAUCGAUAUCACCUGGGGCGCUGGAGGACGCCACUCUCAACUGACCUGUGAAAUGGUCAAUGCGGCUCAGACGCACUAUGGUCUCGAAACCUGCAUGCACCUAACAUGCACAGAUAUGGGCAAGGAAAAGGUGGAUCAAGCACUUCAACAAGCAUAUAAAGCAGGCUGCACUAAUAUCCUUGCGCUGAGAGGCGACCCUCCCCGCGAGAGCGAGAAGUGGAAAGCCACGGAGGGAGGCUUUCGUUAUGCCAAGGAUCUUGUCAGCUACAUCAAGUCCCGAUACGGUAAUCACUUCGACAUUGGCGUUGCUGGAUAUCCCGAAGGAUGUGAUGACCAGGAUGAUGUCGACCUGCUCAUUGAUCACCUUAAGCAGAAGGUAGAUGCUGGUGGCACCUUUAUCGUUACGCAGAUGUUCUACGACGUUGACAUCUUCCUUGCAUGGGUCAAGAAAUGUCGAGAGCGAGGAAUCAACGUGCCCAUCAUUCCCGGAAUUAUGCCUAUCUCUACUCAUGCCUCGUUCCAGCGACGAGUCGACUGGACAAGGUGCCAUGUCCCAGACGCCUGGAACGCUGCACUUGAGCCCGUAAAAAACGAUGAUGCCGCCGUUCGUGAAAUCGGUAAAGGGCUCAUUGCAGAUAUGUGCCGAAAGAUCAUUGACGCUGGUAUACUACAUCUCCAUUUCUACACCAUGAAUCUUGCGCAAGCAACUCGAAUGAUUUUGGAACAUCUGUCGCUCACGCCCACUACAUCCGGCUCACCACUUUUCAAGCCGCUUCCAUGGCGCCAAUCACUGGGCUUGAAUCGCCGUGACGAAACAGUGCGGCCAAUUUUCUGGCGGAACCGAAACACCUCGUAUGUCGCGCGCACGGCCGACUGGGAUGAGUUCCCAAAUGGUCGGUGGGGUGACAGCAGAUCUCCUGCUUUCGGUGAACUUGACGCUUAUGGUAUUGGUCUGAAAGGAACAAACGAGGCCAAUACAAAGCUUUGGGGACAACCUUCCAGCCUGCAAGAUAUUUCACGCCUUUUUGUCAGGUACCUCAACGGGGAGCUCGAUCGUUUGCCGUGGAGUGAAGCUGGCAUUUCCCCUGAAGCGGACUCCAUCAAGCCAGAACUCCUCUCACUAAACGAACGUGGGUUAUUGACUAUCAAUUCUCAGCCCGCUAUCAAUGGUGUUGCUUCCAACCAUCCAGUCCAUGGCUGGGGACCCGCGAAUGGUUACGUCUAUCAGAAAGCCUAUCUAGAACUUUUCAUCUCUCCCAACCUGAUCGAAACCAUUCUAGAGCGUAUCAUUGCAAACAAAGAUCUCACUUACUAUGCUGUCAGCAAGAAUGGCGAGCUUCGGACCAAUACACGCGAUGAGGGACCAAAUGCGGUAACCUGGGGCAUCUUCCCGAACCGCGAAAUCGUCCAGCCUACAAUCGUGGAAACGGUCAGCUUCUUGGCAUGGAAGGACGAAGCGUACAGACUUGGAGAUGAUUGGUCUAGGUGUUAUCCUUCUGAGUCAUCCCACCGGCGACUUAUCGAAGGUUUGAUGAACGAAUGGUUCCUCAUCAAUAUCGUCAACAAUGAUUUUCAUCAAGAGAAGGAGAUUUUCCGGAUCUUUGACGGCCUCCAGGUAGAUGAUAUGGACAAGGUGGUAGAGGGCCAGCCAUGCACAAAUGGAGUUCAAAGCAACGGCACUCCUGAAGAAGCGAAGCAAGACCGUCCCAUAGAGGCUAAUGGGACCGUGGUUGAAAUGAAUGGAAGCGCAGAGCGGAAGCCGAAGCCGAAGCCAAAGCCGUACACGGGCGCGGAAUUUACCGGAGCAAGCCAGCUGAGAAACUAG